AAAGAAGCAGAAGGAACAAGCGGAGCGGCCGGAGGGGGUCGAUCGGGGGGCGCCACUGCCGCCGCGCUCCAGCACAGGCCCCGCCGGAGCCGCCAUGGGCUGCUGCUACAGCAGCGAGAACGAAGCCUCGGACCAGGGGGAGGAGUCGAAGCCCCUGCUGCCGCCGGCCUCCAGCCCACCCAACAAGUCCUUAAAUGGCACAGAGCCCAACUGCUACAUCCUGCCUUCAGCCCGGACGGAUGAGCAGGAGCUGCUGUCCUCCAUCCUCGCCAAGACAGCCAUCAACAUCAUCGACGUUUCAGCCGCAGAUCAGCAACAGAUGGAGCAACACGAAUACAUGGACCGAGCCAGGCAGUACAGUACCAGGCUGGCCAUGUUGAGCAGCAAUCUGAUGCACUGGAAGAAGUUGCCGCCCCUUCCGUCGCUGACCAACCAGCCGCAUCAAGUGCUUGCCAGUGACCCUGUGCCCUUCGCAGACCUGCAGCAGGUCUCCCGGAUAGCUGCAUAUGCCUACAGUGCCCUCUCCCAGAUCCGAGUGGAUGCAAAAGAAGAACUGGUUGUACAGUUUGGGAUCCCGUGAUGCCAAUUCUCACUCAUUUACUUUCGUUCCCUCCCGCCCUCCGCCCCCCUUCACUUUUAUUUCUUUUCUUUCCACCAUGGGCUUUUGUCACUGCAGUGGAACCUUGUACAGAUAAGACACGGAACUUCCGGCUCCUUGCCGCAGAGAUUGUAACCAGUGAAGAGCCGGCUGUGGCCGAGGAGGCUGAUCUGAUCCACAUGUCCUUCUCCUCCCCCUGGUGCGGGAUGCAUGUUUGGGCCAGCCGGAACAUGCAGGGGCGAUGGAGGGGGUGCCCUCGAAUGUGGUGCUUGAUUAGCUUGCCUCCUGAGAAGCGUGAGUCUCGCACCACGAUGACCCCCGACGGGAAGCCUGGGGCAGCGGGCCACAGCCUGGGUGGGCAGCUGACACGAUUGACCACCUACCCGAGAAGGCUCCGAAUCCUGACUUCCUGGCUGGGGGGAGGGGGAGGGGGAUGAGUUGCAACGUAGGCGACGGCCUGUCACUUCUCGCCUUCUUUCCCGAAAUGGUUUCCCCCUCCGCUGUCCUUGUGUUCGGGGCUUUUGGGAGGAGCGCCGGUGGGAGCUUCUUUUUAAGGAAAAAACCAGCAGCACAACAGCAGCCGAGGAACUUCGUGGCCAAGCGCUCUUCCUGGUGUGUAACCCUCCACCCCAGCCUUCCUCAACCUGGGGCGCUCCAGAUGUGUUGGACUACAACUCCCAGAAUGCCCCAGCAACACAUCUGGAGCGCCCCAGGUUGAGGAAGGCUGCUCCACCCUGUUUUGCAUAGCUGAACCAUAUUUUGUUUUAAUUUUGUUUUUGCUAAAGUAGAUAAAAUAUAAAUACAUUCAUCCAA